UAUUCUUAACACUUGCCUCAAAUUAUUGGAAUUUUUUAAUAACGUAACCUCAGAGUGACUGGUAAAUCCAAAUGAGAACAAGAACAUGUAUCUUUGCAUGGCAUUAAUAUGUACACUAAGCCCAUUGGAAAACAUUAUGAGAGCCAUUAAAUCAAACAGUUUCUUAUAAUGAAGUGCGAGACAUUUCUAAAUAUAGAGAUUGCUACCAGCUCCCUUUGUAAUCUCAUUAGUUCAAGUGAUGAUUUUUUUUAAAAUGCUGCCAAGAGUUGUUUUUAAUGUCAGCUAGCAGAUUUGUUCUAAACUAAUGUGAGAUAUUUCUUUCUGCCAGAUUGUGAGAAACUGAGAUUGUCUGGUUUGAACCAUAUGGACCUAUGAUUUAUAGAAUCUUUAUGAAGAUUUAUUUAUAUAUACCUUUCCUAAAUUGAUUUGAAUUCCUGUAAAGGAAUUGUAGAUGACAGGAGCAAGCUUAUAACUGAACUAUAAAGAUAUGGUUUAUAAUAUUAGCAUUUAUUUAUUAAAUAGGCUAAGUUUAAACUGAAUUAUGAUUGCUAAAAUUAAUUAUUCCUCUUUACCAAAAUUGCUGUUUGAAAACUGAAGACAGACUUUUGUAAAUCCCUGAAAAUCCUAUGUGGCUUAAAGACAUUUUUGCAGUUAUGGUGGGCCUACUUUGCAUAACUGUUUUGAGAGUGCUAUAGUGUCAUGUGUUUUGCCUGCUUUAAUGAAGAUACUGAUAUCAGAACUGAUUAAAAAAAAAAAGGAGUAUGUAGAAUUAUCUAGCAUUUCGAGACAUAAAUUGUAGACUCAGAACUGAGAAAUGAACACUAGAUAGUGGUGGAACUAGUGAGGAGAUUUUCCUGGGAUGGCAUCCCUUUAGCUAUAGAUAGCAAACCUAAAGCUCCUUAUAGAGAAACCUCUUACUAGCCAUUUUCCACAAAUGGUACAUACACCUCAAAGGUACUUAGUGAAAAUCCUUCAGAGGUAUUUAAUACUGCAGUCGGCAGUCUCCCUCCUAUUCUCUGAAGCUUAUACAUAUAACCAGGUGGUGGCACAAAAAAGCAAAACCCAGAUAAACACCGCAAGAUUCCCCAGUGUUUUUACCUCAGUAAGCGCUGCUUCUCCAAUUGAUUGCCAAGAUGUGUGAUAUGGGGGGACUUGAUAAUCUGAUUGCCAACACAGCAUACUUGCAAGCCAGGAAGUCUGGAGAUGUGGACGCCAAGGAUAUGCAAAAGCGACGCAAGAGCAUUAACCUACCUAAGGUUGAGGAAUGUGUUGGAAUCAAGAGUUCCAUGUCUCUGGAGUAUGAGAGCAUUUGUGAGCAGCAACCCAUUGGCAAGACAUUUUUCAAAGACUACCUGGCGACUGUGCCUGAAUACCGGGUGGCCCAAGAAUUCUUGGAUGAAGUUUGUACUUGGGAGUUAUCAGAAGAAAGCAUCAAGAACAGUCUCCUAGAGGGCAUGGUCAACAUGUAUCUGAAGAAUGUUAGCAAUACUUACUUGACAUUUCUUAGUACAGACCUAUGCAACAAGUGCCAGUCAGCCUCUGCGAAUGAUUUUGAGAACAUCCUGCAGUUGGCCAGGGAAGAGACAAAAGGCUUUCUUAAGGGAAAACCUUUUGAGGGCUUCCAGACCAGUCCUUUCUAUGAGAAGUUCUUGCAAUGGAAAGUCUAUGAGCGGCAAUCUAUAAAUGAUAAAUUUUUUGAAGAGUUCCGAGUAUUAGGCAAGGGAGGCUUUGGAGAGGUUUGUGCUGUCCAGGUGAAAUGUACUGGGAAGAUGUAUGCCAGUAAGAAGCUGGACAAAAAAAGAUUGAAGAAAAAAAAGGGUGAAAGUAUGGCUCUUCUUGAAAAGGAGAUACUUGAAAAAGUCAACAGUCGUUUCAUUGUCACACUGGCCUAUGCUUAUCAAAGUAAAACCGCUUUAUGUCUCGUCAUGAGCCUCAUGAAUGGUGGGGACCUUAAAUAUCACAUUUACAAUGUGGGUGAAAGAGGCUUGGAAAGGGAUAGAGUCGUCUUCUACUCAGCUCAAAUUAUCUGUGGGAUACUGCACCUCCACUCCAUCAAAAUUGUCUACAGGGACAUGAAGCCAGAAAAUGUCCUCCUGGAUGAUAAUGGUCAUUGCCGAUUGUCUGAUCUUGGUUUGGCAGUAGAAAUCAAGGACGGCAAAAAAAUCACCAACAGGGCUGGAACUAAUGGAUACAUGGCUCCUGAAAUCUUAAAGGAAGAAAGUUACAGUUAUCCUGUAGAUUGGUUUGCUAUGGGGUGCAGUAUUUAUGAAAUGAUUGCUGGUCGAACACCGUUCAAGGAUUACAAAGAAAAGGUUGAAAAAGAUGAAGUUAAAAAAAGAACCAUAAAUGAUGAAGUGCAGUUCCAGCACGCUAAUUUUGAUGAGCCAACAAAAGAAAUCUGCAAACUCUUCUUGGCAAAGAAUCCUGAAAGUCGUUUAGGAAGCAGGAGUAAUGAUGAUGAUCCCAGGAAACAUGAAUACUUCAAGUCAAUAAAUUUCCACAGGCUGGAGGCAGGUCUUAUUGAUCCUCCUUUUGUGCCAGAUCCAUCAGUUGUCUAUGCCAAAGAUGUUGCAGACAUUGCUGAUUUUUCUGAAGCUCGAGGAAUUGAGUUUGAUGACAAAGACAUUGAAUUCUUUAAGAGAUUUUCUACUGGUGCUAUCCCAAUACCCUGGCAAGAAGAAGUUAUUGAAACGGGACUCUUUGAAGACCUGAAUAAUCCCCAAAGAUUAAUUGAAGGUGACUCCAAAUCUGGAAUUUGUUUACUCCUAUAAAUCUUAAAUUAAUAAUUGAAUCUUCCAAGAUUUCAAGGCUCAUAAAGGCAAGCUGAUUAAUCUGUCCUUUUCCGUGCUGGAAAUUUUAUGACAAAACUUCAAGAUUCUUUUAUAAUAGUGAAAUACUUUAAGAACUUGUGAUGGUUUCUGAACAAACAAUUGUAGCUAUUAGGACAGAGUACUCUAUUUGGGACUGCAACUAUUUUAUUAUAAUUCCAUAGUAAUACACCUACCUUCUUUACAAAAUGGAUCCUAUUCUUAUAAAGAAGAACAAAAUUCAAAUUGAUUUCAGUGAUGUAGAACUCAGAGCACUUAUUUAAAGUGCUUUCAGGCACAGAACUAUUUU